AUGGCAGCCAACAAAGUAGCUUUGGUGACGGGUGCCACAGGCCUCCUGGGGCGUCAGGUCCUCAAGGCCUUUGCGCGGAGAGAUUGGACGGCCAAGGGCACCGGUCAUUCCAGGGCAGAUGGCACUGACGUGCUCAAGGUCGAUCUGGCGUCUAGUCCAGACGUUUCCAAAGCCCUUGACUCUGUCAAACCACAGGUUGUAGUGCAUUGUGCCGCCAACCGUUUUCCCGACAAGGUGGACAAGGACCCUGAGGGGACCCGGAAGCUGAACGUGGAGGCCACUGGGGAGCUCAGCAGGCUUUGUGCUGAGCGCAACGCUUUGCUCAUCUAUAUUUCUACCGACUACGUAUUCUCAGGCAAGACUGGUGAAGCGCCCUAUGAGUCAGAUGCACCUACUGGCCCCACCAAUCUUUAUGGCCAGACCAAACUAGAUGGCGAACACGCAGUUCUGGCGGCCUACAAGGCUGCUGGCAAGGACGGUCUGGGUGUUGUACUCCGUGUCCCUGUUCUGUAUGGCGAUGCUGAGAUGCCAUCCGAGAGCGCUGUGAAUGUGCUCAUGGACGUCCUCUGGAAGUCUCAGAGCGGCGAGAAGAUUAAGAUGGAGCACUGGGCUCUGAGAUACCCCACCAACACGGAGGAUGUGGGCAGAGUCUGUCAUGAUGUGGCCGUCAAGUACCUGGCCGCUGAUGAAACGGCGCGAUCUAAAAUGCCCAAGAUCCUGCAAUUCUCGAGUGAGGACAAAUUCACCAAAUAUGAGAUCUGCCAGCUCUUUGGCGAGAUAAUGGGUCUCAGCAUUGAGAACAUCGAACCAAACACAGAGGGAAAUGACCCAAAUGCGGCUGUGCAGAGGCCGUACGACUGCCACUUGAGCACCAAGGCAUUAAGAGAUCUGGACAUCGACAUCUCCACUCAGGAUUUCACUGGUUGGUGGAGACGUGAGGUACGAGCUUUCAGGAAGUAAAGAUACUGGACUUCAGAAGCUGGAGGAGGCAUAAACAAAGCAGCCUGAUACUAUGACGGAUGCCGAGGGGGCUCGCCAUUCACAAGUCCGACAAGGGAGAGGACGAUUGUACCCAGCCAGUGCCAGCUUUUUGAGAUGAUGUCUCAAUACCACGGCUCAAUCGCCUA